AUGGAGAAAAACAAUCACUCUCAUAGGCAACUUGUGAUAAUGAAACAAUCUUUAUUUGAUCAGGGAUUGCUUGAUGAACAAUUUAUCCAACUAGAAGAACUACAAGACGAAGCUAAUCCUAACUUUGUCGAAGAAAUUGUCACUCUUUACUACCGUGAUUCACUACGCCUUAUUUCAAGCAUAGAACAAGCUUUAAAAGAGAGGAACAUGUUGGAUUUCAAUAAACUGGACACCCUUAUGCAUCAGUUCACAGGAAGUAGUUCAAGCAUUGGAGCCAAAAAGGUGAAAGCUGAGUGCAAUCUGUUUAGGGAAUAUUGCAGUGCAGUAAAUAUUGAAGGAUGCAUGAAGAGUUUCCAUCAAUUAAAGAAAGAAUAUGCUUCACUAAAAAAGAAACUUGAAGCUUAUUUUCAGUUGGCUAGGCAAGUUGGGCUCUCAGAGGCAGAGUGUCACUCCAAGUGA